CAUGAAUUCUAUUCCGCAAUUGAAACCUUUUCUCGGUCUCUAUCCAAAGGUCAACGAUUGGAAGCAACGAUCCGUUCAAUAUCAGAUCAUAGUAGCAAAUACGGCAUCUUCCAUCUUCCAUCGUCCUCUAAACCAUCGUUCAGACCUCGCCAUCGACCAUAACAUUAUCGCAUCACACGUGGUGUCAACACUCUAGCAAUCCAUCGAAAUUUACAAUGGGCCCACAACCCAAAAAUAUGUACGACGGACAGUUUAACAAUAUCCUGAACUUUCGCGAUGUUGGAAAAACUGUCAAUGAUUUCUUGGGGCGAAAACUUAUCAGAGAAGGUCGAAUCUAUCGCUCUGCAAGGCCAGGUGUGUACCUAUUCACCAGGCUGUAGGGUUAUGCACGCCACACCCAAAACAUUGGCCAAUCCAGAGCAGUGAACUCUGGCGAAGACGAAUUAUGUUAACGGAUUUACCUGGUAGAUGAUGCUACGAUGGCAGACAGGCAGCGGGUUAAGGAGCAUUAUGGCAUCAGAACGAUAUUGGACCUGCGAACAGUAACAGAACAUGAUAAGCAGGCAAAGAAGCGGGCGACAGACAUGAGAGACCCUGUCCUCACAGCAUCAAACAGUGCACUACGUGAAUCGAUGAAGAUACCAGGAAUCAAUUAUCGCGAGAUCAAUGUGAAUGGAAAAGGGUUUGAGAGAAGUUUAGUAUGGCAAUUAUCACCUUAUAGCAUUGUAAAAUUGAUCGGUCUCAUGGGUUUGGGCUACCGUUUGGAGGCUAUCGGAAUUUUAGGGCGACAAGUCUUGCAACCCCGAGGACUUAUAGGGCUGGGAUUUGAUACGAUCCAUCAUUGUGGCCCGGAACUUGUCUCGGUUCUCAGGACUUACUGCUCCCCGGAAAAUUAUCCAAUUCUUGCCCAUUGCACCCAAGGAAAAGAUCGUACUGGGCUUACCAUCGCCUUGAUCCUAUUCAUCCUCGAGAUACCCAUAGAAGCCAUAUCACAUGAUUAUCUCAUGAGUGAAGAGAAAUUACUUCCUGAAAGAGAGAGCCGGUUGAAGGAAAUCCAUGAGAUUGGUCUGAGUGAUGAUUUUGCCGGAUGUCCUGUGGAUUUUAUCGAGAAGAUCUAUGAGUAUCUGCAGAACACUUAUGGUGGUGUUGCGGAUUAUUUGACGACGAUUGGUUUCACGGAGGAUGAACGAACAGCUCUCGCAAAAGAACUGAAGGCAUAGGUGCAUGCGGAUAGAGAGGUGCAGACUUUUGGAUGAGACUUAUAUAUGAUGUUAAAGGGGGUGAGUGUACACUUAACUUAAUGCUACUAAUUAAAAUGCAGGAACUAUGUUUAUGAUUUCA